AUGAAGACCUUUUUACAUUUUUUAUAAAUUAGUUUUUCUCUACAUAUAUGAAUAUUGAUUUUUAUAAAUCUUCUUGACUUAUAAACAAUAAUAUGGCGACCAUGAUUUACAAAUUCAAAAUAAUGGCAAUUUCAAUAAAUGAAAUUUGUGAAAAUACUAAAUUGGCUCGUGAAAUGGCAUUAACUGGAAAUUACGAUACGUCUGGAGUAUAUUAUCAAAGUGUUGUUCAACAAAUUCAUCGAUUACUUACAAGCAUUGCAGACACAACACGGAAAGCUAAGUGGCAACUUAUUCAGCAUCAAAUUGUUCAAGAAUUUGAAAAAGUGAAAGCAACAUCAAAUACUUUACAGCUUUUCAAAGUAGACACACAUGGAGAAAGAUUAUUAGGUAAUUCAUGUUUAUCGUUUGAAGAACCUACAAGAGAUCCAACUUUAUGGACUUAUAAUAAUUCAGACCGCUCAUGGAAUCAAACAGUAUCAAAGGAUCCAGAUGUGUGGCCACCGCUGACACCUGCAGAACAAAAAAACAUUAGACCACUGAAAAGUCAAGCAAAACAGCAAAAUCGUACAAAUGCACGAAAAUCUGUUACAGCAGGAAAAAAAACAGAUAGUAAAACAGUUGCUAAGAAAGAUGAAAGGAAAGCAAUAAAAAAAGAUGACACAAAUAAAGAAAAAUGUGAAACUGAUAAAGUAGACAUAGAAGUAGAAGAACGUAAAUUUGAACCAUCUGGUAGUGAUAGAGAUUUAGUAGAUUUAUUAGAAAGGGAUAUUGUUCAAAAGAAUCCAAAUAUUCAUUGGGACGAUAUAGCUGACUUGUAUGAAGCGAAGCGAUUAUUAGAAGAAGCUGUUGUCCUUCCGAUGUGGAUGCCGGAUUUCUUUAAAGGAAUUCGUCGACCAUGGAAAGGAGUACUUAUGGUUGGACCACCAGGUACUGGAAAAACAAUGCUCGCUAAAGCUGUAGCUACUGAAUGUGGAACAACUUUUUUUAAUGUAUCAUCUUCUACACUAACUUCAAAAUACAGAGGAGAAUCAGAAAAACUUGUUCGUCUUCUUUUUGAAAUGGCAAGAUUUUAUGCACCUAGUACGAUUUUUAUUGAUGAAAUCGACUCUCUAUGCUCUAGAAGAGGAUCUGAAUCUGAACAUGAAGCUUCACGAAGAGUGAAAUCUGAACUUCUUGUUCAAAUGGAUGGUAUAAGUUCAAACAGCGAAGAUCCCAGUAAAGUUGUAAUGGUACUAGCAGCAACAAAUUUUCCAUGGGAUAUUGAUGAAGCUCUUCGAAGGAGAUUAGAGAAACGUAUUUACAUUCCAUUGCCUAAUCAUGAAGGUAGAGAAGCAUUAUUAAAAAUUAAUUUACGAGAAGUAAAGAUAGAUUCAUCCGUAAAUUUGGCGGAUAUUGCCAAAAAGUUGGAAGGUUAUUCUGGCGCAGACAUUACAAAUGUUUGCAGGGAUGCAUCUAUGAUGUCUAUGAGGAAGAAAAUUGCAGGCCUAAAGCCUGACCAAAUUAGACAGCUGCCAAAGGAAGAAUUAGACUUGCCUGUGUCUGCAGCAGAUUUUGAUGAAGCUGUUGAAAGGUGCAAUAAGAGUGUCUCUCAAGAAGAUUUAGAAAAGUAUGAAAAAUGGAUGAGUGAAUUUGGUUCAUCUUGAUAUCAUUCGGUUCAAAGAAUAUAAGUAUACGAUAAUACGUUUAUUUAAAACAAAAUCUUUCUGAUUUUUGCGACGCAAAAUAUAAAUCGCUACUUCUUAAAAUACAAGGUGUUCCAAAAAUAUCGUACAAUUCGAAAAUCACAGAUUCUCCUCGCGAAAAUAAAUGGAAGGUUCCUGUACCAUUUUGCAAUCUGCGUCUUUGUUUUCGAGAUAUAAGCAAUUGAAAAUUAGAAUAUCGAUUUACGAGACUCACGUUUCGAACAACUAAUAGCUGAGCAGAUAUCCCGUUUCUUAUCUCUUCGGGCCUGUAUUCAAACAGAGAAACGCGUGAAAAGACAACGAUGUACGUAAAUUUAUUAUAAUUUUAGCCUCAACGGUCAUAGAAUAGGACUUGAUUUACAUCUUUUCCUUAACCAUUCAUCCCUCCACACUUUCACCUUUGGGGGUCUAUUCACAUACUUCCUCACUUUUACCUAAAUUCACAUAUAAUAAAGUAACCACAAACUUAAGCUAUAAACUAUGGACUAAACUUAUAUAACCUAUCCUAAAUUACCGCAACAAAUAUAAUUAUUUAGUAUCA